AAUUUGAAUACCUAAAAAGAUGUCUCAUAUAGCUGUGGAGAGGAAAAGGAGAAGGCAAAUCAACGAGCAUCUCAAGGUUUUACGCUCUUUGACUCCAUGCUUCUAUAUUAAAAGGGGUGACCAAGCAUCCAUCGUAGAAGGAGUAAUAGAAUUCAUCAAAGAGUUGGACCAGGUUCUUCUAUCUUUGGAGUCCAAGAAACGAAGGAAUAGCAUAAGCCCUACCCCUAGCCCUACUCCUGACAGUUCCUUUGGGCUUGAAAAUGUUAAAGAGAUGGGGGCGUGCUGCAGUUCUCAGGUUGCAGAAGUUGAAGCUAAGAUCUCUGGCUCCAACGUAGUUCUUAGAACUAUAUCUAAGCGAAUUCCUGGUCAAUUUCUCAAAAUUAUAACCCUAUUAGACAAACUUGCUUUCGAAAUCCUUCAAAUCAACAUCAGCACCAAGGAAGACACUGUUUUAUACUCAUUCCUUAUUAAGAUUGGGCUCGAAUGCCAGCUUAGUUUGGAGGAUCUAGUUGUUGAAGUUCAACAGAGCUUCUGCCAAGAUGUUAUUUGUGUGAAUCAGAGUGGUUUGUAAGAUUGAUCAAACAUAUGUGCUAAUGAGAAUGUUGCAGCUAUACAAACUAGAACAAUUUAUUUCUUGUGCAUACUUGAGAUACUCAGUGGUGACACAACUCUUUCUACUCUUCAAAGAUAUCCAAUAGAGAUAGAGAAGGAAAGUGUGACCCUUGUGCAAGGAAUGAU